GAUACAUACAACGUUAAUUGGCUUUGUGUUUUUGUGGAGAGAAUGGCAGCUGAAUUUGGAGAGCAAUAUGGUGAGAUGCAAGGCCAAGGCCAAAUGCGCAGAGGCGAUGGACAUGGCAUUGGCAACCCUAUGGCUAUGGAGCACCAGACCAUGACCGAGGGCAUGCAUAGUGGACCCCACGGAACAACUCCCACUGCAGUGGUUGAGGGCAUGCAUGUCGGUGGACCCCACGGAGCAACUCCCACUGCAAUGGAGGGCAUGCAUCAGCAACCUCAGCUUCGUCGAUCCGGCAGUUCAAGCUCCAGCUCUUCUGAGGAUGAUGGAGAAGGAGGGAGAAGGAAGAAGGGAACAAAGGGGAAGAUGAUGAGAGAGAAGUUGGGUGGUGAAGGGCAGGAAGGGGAGCACCACCACCCUGCCUCUGCUGAACAUAUUACCAGUAAUGAAGGGGGAGAAGAAGCGGGUGCAGGUGGCGAAAAGAAGGGGAUGAUGGAGAAGAUCAAGGAAAAGAUCCCUGGAAUGCACUGAUCCAUCCAUCAACACACGUACCUUAGCUUUCUCCUCGGAAGAUACAAUAAUAAUAAUGUGCAUACUAUAAAUAUGCAUGUGUACGUGUGUAUGUAUGCGCUGUGUGUAUGUAUAUGUUGUAUUAUAUAUUUAUAUAUGUAUUGUGAGGUUGUGUGAGUCAUAAAGCAUGGCGUUAGUUUACCUUGUUCUACAGGCCAUGCAUAUAUGCAACAUCAAGAGUGGUCUUGUGUUGUAUGUACAAGCUCCGAUCCUUGUAUUUCUUGUUAGUCAUAUACAUACAUGUCAUUAUAUAUAAAUAGCUAUUAAUUAAUAUCUGUUUGGUUGCA